UAAUGUCAUGUAAUUUGUCAAUGUCAACAUAGCGGGAAUUGAAAUAUUGAACGAUUGAUUACAUUGAAUUGAAGACAUUUCGACGUUUUCUAUCUAAUAUUAAUAAUAAUCGAUGAAAAAUUUAUAUCAGUAAUAUUAAUUUAGGCAGCAAAAUGUUUGAGUGGGCAUAUAGUGGUGCCAAUAAAGCUGUUCCUAGAAACGUGGGCCCUGAAUGCGCCUUUUUCCUAUCCACUAAACGACAAAUAAUUGAAACACUAAUUGUGAUUGCGAUAUGUGCUUAUAUUUCAAUUAAAACAUUCCCAAGAUUAUGUGUACCUCAGGACACACAUUAUGUGAAAAGUGAUAGAGGAGGAAAAAGACUAUUAUUAAUACUUCUGUCCUUGUUAUGGGGCAUGGAAAUUGGUUUUAAAUUUGCUUCACGAACAGUAAUAUAUUUGUUAAAUCCUUGUCAUGUCACAACCUUGAUACAAAUCUAUUUACUGUCAGCUCCACCAAGCAAAACUGUAACAGCAUUAUUUCGUAUACAUUUAAAUUUAUUAAAUGGGCCAUUGCUGGCAUUUCUGUUUCCAGAAACAGCAUCUAGAAAGAUCUUUGCCGAGGCUGCUCUUUACUGGAUCCAACAUGGAAUGAUGUUUGUCAUACCAUAUUACCUUCUACGGAUUGGUGGUCCUUACAACAUAGAACCCUUUUGGGACUUUAAUUGGGCAAUAUUCAGUUAUUGUCUGAACUUACUUUAUCACUUCAUUGUGUUACAAGUUAUUGCAAUCCCUGCUCAAGUGAAUUUGAAUCAUAUGCUGUGCCCAGCUAUAUUAGAUCCAUUUGAUGGACCCUGGUACAGAGUAGCAGCAGUUAUUCACCAGGCAAUGCUGUGUCCUUUGCUGUGUAAAGCUUUUUGUCUUAUAUCUGACUUCUGUCUUACAAAAUUUCCUCCAACAAAAGUCAAGCCAUACAUGAAAGAUUCUCUUAUGGACAGCCAAACUAUUGAAAAAUCAAUUGACCACCAUGAGGAUUAGUAGCUGUUGUAGUUGAAGCAAUACAUGGCUAUAACCUCUGGGUGGGGAAAACUAUGAUACAAAUUGCCUUUUGAGUUGGAGAACAAUAUUUCAUCGCGUCCAUUUGGUUUUGGUGGUUAAUAUAUUAAGGUAAGAAUAUUAACUAGAUUAUGAACUUUUGCAAAGAUUUUGUGAUGCAAUUUGUUGGUAUUAGGUCUAAUAUAAAUAUAAUGUUUGAUACCACUAAUCUCAAUUCAACAUAUAAAAAGCCUUUGAUACCUUAAGACAUAGCUAGACAAGCUUGACUCAUACAUACUAGUAAGGACAAGCAGUGUUGUGUCUGUGGAUCAAUACACAAUGCAAUGCAAAACAUGUUUGACUAACAGUUAUAUACAUAAUUUAAUCAAGUUGUUUGCUUUCAUUUGUUCUACAUAAAUAUGUAACUUGA